ACAGAAGUAAGGGCCGGGGGAGAUCUGAAGUACACAGGAGAUCAGGCAUUGACUUGAGUGAAUAGUUGGCAAAAUGGGAUUAAAAUGGAUGAGUUUGAUCUUAGGGUUUUUAGCAAUCCAGUUUCUGGGUGGGCUUCUUUGCAUGGCUAGAGGCGAUGUCCUUCAUUAUGAUUUUGUUCUAAAAGAAACAAAUUUUACAAGGCUGUGCAGCACAAAGAGCAUUCUGACUGUAAAUGGCAGCUUUCCAGGACCAACGAUUCAAGUUCACAGGGGAGAUACAGUGUUCGUUAAUGUCCACAACCAGGGCUUAUAUGGGGUCACCAUUCACUGGCACGGAGUAAGACAGCCGAGGAAUCCUUGGUCGGAUGGGCCGGAGAACAUUACCCAGUGCCCAAUUCAACCGGGAACAAACUUCACAUAUGAGGUCAUAUUUAGUACAGAAGAAGGAACCCUUUGGUGGCAUGCCCAUAGUGACUGGUCACGUGCCACCGUUCACGGUGCUAUUAUUAUUCUACCAACUCCGGCGACAACUUAUCCAUUUCCAAAGCCUUAUGCACAAGAAACAAUUGUACUCGGGGAUUGGUAUAAGGGAGAUGUGAUGGCGAUAAUCGACGAUGCCCUCGCAACUGGUGGUGAACCAAAGGUUUCAGAUGCCUUCACUAUCAACGGACAACCGGGAGACUUGUAUAAUUGUUCCAACGGGACAACAUAUCAUUUAGCGGUGGAGUAUGGCAAUACUUAUCUUCUUCGCAUUAUAAAUGCCGUGAUGAAUGAAGAACAGUUCUUCGGGAUUGCACAACACAAUCUCACGGUUGUCGGGACAGAUGGUGCAUACAUCAAGCCCAUCACCACCAACUACAUCAUGAUAACCCCAGGCCAAACAAUGGAUGUUCGGGUAACCAUGAACCAGUCUCGCAGCCUCUAUUACAUUGCUUCAACUCCUUACGUCGACGGCACCGUUGGGUCCGACAGGACCACAACUACAGCAAUUCUCCAAUACAACGGCAACUAUACUCCGCCGUCAUCAAUUCCGUUUCCAACGCUUCCUAGUUUUAAUGACACAGAUGCAGCUGGAAACUUCACCACUCGCUUAAGGGCCCUGGCAAGCAAAGAACACCCGGUCAACGUCCCGAAAAACAUCACUACACGAAUCUUCAUAGCGGUUUCCGUAAACCAGUUGAUCUGCCCUAUUAAUACAUCGUGUUCGGGGCCUCACGGUAAUCGCAUGUCUGCUAGCUUGAACAACAUCAGUUUCGAGACCCCAUCUAUUGCUGUCCUGCAAGCAUAUUACAAUGGGUUGAAUGGGGUUUUCGCUAGUGAUUUCCCAAGUGUGCCGCCAUAUAUUUUCAACUUCACAGGAGAUGUAGGAAAUAACACAUUAUACCCAAGCCAGGGAACAAAAGCGAAGUUGAUAAAGUAUGGUGAAGCGGUUGAAAUUGUGUUCCAAGGGACUAAUAUCGUCGCCGCAGAGAAUCAUCCCAUGCAUCUGCAUGGUUUUAGCUUCUACUUGGUCGGAAAUGGGUCGGGAAAUUUCAACAAUGUGACUGAUCCUCCGAAUUAUAAUUUAAUCGACCCACCGGAGGUUAAUACCAUCGGAGUUCGUAAGAAUGGAUGGGCUACUAUCAGAUUUUUUGCUGAUAAUCCCGGUGUAUGGUUUAUGCACUGUCAUUUGGAAAGGCACGCAAGCUGGGGUAUGGACACUGUGCUGAUAGUGAGGAAUGGACCUACUAAUGCAACGAGCAUCCGACCACCACCUGCCUAUAUGCCUCCUUGUUCAAAGGCCUAGAUUAACCUGUAAAUGUCUCGACAAAAUAAAUAUGUUGUUUGAAUAAAAUAAUGCAGUUAUAUCGUCAUUAAUUGAUAAUUGUGUGCGUAGCGGUGUAGUUAAGUCGAGAUGUGGUUUGAACUAGGUCUUGGGGGAAAAUAUCAAUUCGUAUUGUAAUUGUUUUCCUUUUUGAAUAUGUAGUAUAUAUCUUCUCCUGUUGUUGGAGGACUUGAUUUAUAUAUAGAAGUUAUGAAA